GACGUUCUACCUUCCGUCUUCUAGGUCAACAUGUCGGAGAGUGAACUUGGCAGGAAGUGGGACCGGUGCCUGGCGGACUCAGCGGUGAAAUUCGGUGCCGGCCUUGGAUUGGGCAUCGUUUUCUCAGUGAUUUUCUUUAAACGAAAGACGUGGCCAAUCGCCUUCUCGGCGGGCAUCGGCCUGGGCAUGGCGUAUUCCAACUGCCAGAACGACUUCCAGUCCCCGUACCUGCUGCACGGCAAGUUUGUGAAGGAACAGUGAGCCUUGGCUGCCAGACAUCACUGUCAGAUUCCCGAGCCUGAUGCAAUGUGGGAGUGGCUAAACCUACCAAUCAGCUCUCGGCGCGGAGAACUUGCACUCGGCAGGGCGGCGCUUCCCACCAGCUUCUCUCUCGUCUCUCUUUCUGCCCAAAUGUUUCUGAAAUGGCUAAAAUAAAGUGUUAUUUACCAAA